AAGUUUAAAUAAAGAAAUAUAUACAUACCAUUAAAAAAGUACAUACUUACCGGUUCCCGACAAAAAAAACAGCACUACUCUAAUAAUAGCCGAACACCUAACAGUCAAAGAUUCUCAAGAAAAACUGUCACAUACCAAGUGGCAAUUGACGAAGAACGGCCCUGUACCUCUCAACAAGCAGCAAAAGCGUCAAACUCUACUCCAAAAGAGGAUGAUAAAAUUCUUUCACACUUCUCCAGCAGUAGAGAAAGAACAUUGCUUCACACAGCAAUCAUCCCGAUUCUCCAUACAGGAGAAAUAACUCAAAUAAGAGCACUCAUACACCAAGGGCCUCAAAAAACCUUCAUAACCUCUCGUGUGCAAAAAUUACUCGGACUUCCCAUCACAAAAAUUCAUUACGAGAUUCUAGGAAUGGACGGGCACACGGUACAAAAUUCAAAUACUCCCACAGCUAAUCCAAUUCUUGCCGUAAUUCAAGAUCACAUGUCUUGAUAUCAAACGAUAUGCCUCAAUACCUUUAACAGAUCCUAGCUGCUUCGCUCCAGCAAGAAUCGACAUGGUAGGCGGUAGUGAUAUCCUACCGAAAAUACUAGUCCCAGGACUUAAAAACGUCAUCGGUGGAAGCCUCAUAGCCCAGAAUACCAUCUUUGGAUGGAUUUCAAGCGGACCUGUAGCACAAUCGAUUACAUCACUCAGUACGCAAGUAAUCGAGACCAUGGUCGACCCCUUAGGUGAUCUGCUGAAGAAAUUCUGGGAUGAAGACACCAUCUGCGAGGACCUCUAUCGAAAUACCACGUACCGGAGAAAUGACGGUCGAUAUGUGGUAAAACUCCCCUUCAAACCGGAAUUUCCCAACACGAUGGCAUUAGGACACUCAAGACUCUCAGCUCAGCAGCAAUACAUCAGCAUCGAACGAAACCUGGAGAAAAAACCGGAUCUCCAAAAAAUCUAUGCAGAGAAAGAAUACCAAACACUCGAUCAUAUAGAGUGAGUGAAUUCCCAAGAAAUCAUACGGGACGGCAAAUACUUCUCAUUCUAUCUGCCACAUCACGCAGUAAUAAAACCCGAUAGCAAAACCACUAAAGUCCGAGUGGUAUUCAAUGCGUCUAAACUCUCUCACUCAGGUCUCUCCCUAAACGACGUACUGCAUACAGGCCCCAUACUGCAAAACGAUCUUAUGCUCGUAAUAAUCAGGUGGCGGUUAUAUAAGUAUGUUUUUAACGGCGAUAUUGAAAAAAUGUAUCGCCAGAUAUAUGUCCACAAGGAAGAUCAAGACUUCCAACGGAUUCUCUUUCGCAAAUCCCCAAGUGGCCCAGUAGAAGACUACAAACUAAAAACAGUAACGUUUGGUGUGAGCUGUGCACCAUACCUAGCCAUAAGAACACUCCAUCAGCUGGCUGAAGACUCCAAACCAAAAUUCCCACAAGUCGCAAAAAUUUUAG